AUGCGCGUGAUCAGCGGGAGCCCAGGAAAAGUGCCCGAGUCGAGUCCACAACGAGUGAUCCUUGUCUCAUCGGAUCCACACCAGCGCCUCCCCCAAGCAAUCCUUCACUCAUCCGAUCCACAUCCGAAUGCACCCCAUCCAAUCCUUGUCGUCUCUGAUCCACACAAGACACUUCCACAGCCAAUUCUUGUCGGAGGGCCAGGCCCCGUUCUUCCACCCGGAUCUCGUUUGACUCCCCGAUUCCCCCAACUCUCACUUCCAGGAAGAGUUUUUGUCAUCGAAGAUUCAUUGGCAUCAAAGAAUCCAAAACUUAGAGUGAAGAUUGCUGGAGUUGUUGGAAAUGAAAAGGAGAAUCAGAAGCUAAUCCGAAUUUCUCAACCUCUACCCGACUCAAAAGUCAACAAAACGAAAUCAACCUCACACUUAAACGAUCUCGCUCAAAGUACGGAGACGGUGGCGAAGAAAUCGGGACGCGAAAUGAAGGUCACACUUCUUGAAGACUCCUCAGAAGAGACAGAU